CGCCACCCCCCCCUUGAAUGAAAUUACGACUUUACCCCUGAAAUUUAAAAAAUUACGAAAAUGCCACUAAGCUUAUAACUUAUAUAAAAACACUUCAAAUCCACUCAAUAACACUUUCAUCACUUCCAUAAAAUCAAAUUCUUCACAUAAAAUUAAGCGGAGCUAAAACUUUGGAAUCGAAAUCGUCAACAAAAAUUCGAGUAAAUGGCUGGAAAUCAAGGUAAAGGAAAAGGGUUUUUUAGAGGUUUAUUAAGCGGCAAUAGAUCUAGGCCUACUUUACUGAGAGGUGAUCCCCAUGAGAGGGGGGUUACGGGAUCUGCAAGGCGAGCAAGGCAAGAACAAGCGGCCAUACAUAGUCAGGCCCAACGUUCAAGUACCCUAGAGCAAGUGCGUAGUCGCUUUGAGCGCCAAAGUAGCCUACAUAGUCAUACGGUCGGCUCAGGUGACGAUGAUACUGAUUACGACGAGUCUCUUAGUCGGGAAGAGUCUCUUGGUCAGGAUGAGUCUGCAUGUCAUCCUGUUGAUUGGACGAUCGUAAGAGGCCAUGCUGUUAAGUUCAAGAGUAGAGGGCAGGGCUCGAGUGGCACUUCUGAUCAGGCAGGAGUAAGCCAGGCUGAGGAUGCGGCUCCACGGGGGAGGAGGCGAUCGCAGUCCGCGGACACGGACUGGUUAAUCACACCAGCCCAGCCCGGGGAAAACGUUGGAUUCAAUCAUUAG